AUGCCUAAAACACGUAAAGAAUUAUUUUGUGAAGUUUUUGGUUUACCUACUGAUUUGCUAGGAAAUGUCCUUCCUACAAACUCUGACGUAAUGAAGUGUUAUUUGUGGAAUAGGAAUUUGCUAAAAGAAAGUGCCAAUGGAAAAGAUCCUAGCAAAAGUCUGGCGAGAAAAGCCAAAGAAGAAGCCAGAUUGUCGAAGAUUGAAGGUCCUUGUGCAAAAAAACAGAAAUGUGACAACCUGGCUUUCGAUGAAGUUGAAGAAGUUGAAGAAAUAAAACAAAUCAAUUUUCCACCUGACUCUUCAGAAGAGUAUAAACCAUCCACACCAAGCCAGCUUAGAAGACAUUCUCCAUCAAAUUUUAGAAAAAGUGUUAAAUUGCCUAACUUAGCCCAAGCGUGUGAUCGAACUGGAAUAUCCGAUCGAUCGGCUUCACUGCUAGUCAACGCUGUUCUCCAAGAUUUGCAAAUAAUAACAAAAACAAAUUCAUCUCAAAUAGUGGAUAGAAGUAAAAUUAGGCGCGAACGAACAAAAAGAAGAGCCCAUCUUCAAAAUAAGUCUUUCAAUGAAUUCACAGCUGUUCGUGGACUUUAUUUCGACGGGAGAAAAGAUAAAACAAUUCAACAAGAUAAAAAAGGCACAAAAUAUUACAGAAGCACUGUAACAGAAGAGCAUGUUGUCUUACUUUCCGAACCUGGUUCACUUUUCUUAGGUCAUGUGUCACCAAUGUCAGGAAGUGCUAAAAAUAUAACACUAAGUAUAAAAACAUUUUUAAAAGAUGCUGAUUCAAAUAUUAAUGAGUUGAAAGCUAUUGGGUGCGAUGGCACGGUUAUAAAUACAGGGUUAACUAAUGGUGUUAUAAGGCAACUAGAAUUGUUCAUAGGUCGUCCAUUACAAUGGCACAUUUGCUUGCUGCACACCAAUGAAUUGCCUCUUCGCCUUUUAAUUCAAUUCCUAGAUGGAAAAACAAGCAAUCCAAGAUGCUUCUCUGGUGAAAUUGGAAAAAUGUUGGAAAACUGUGAAAAACUUUCUAUUGCUGCUUUUGAACCUAUUGAAACUGAAUUACCCUCAAUUCAUCAAAAUGAUUUGAGCACCGACCAAACUUACCUUUUUGAUAUAUGUAAUGGAAUUAUGAAAGGAGAUAUACCGCUAUCUUUGUCUCUCCGUAAUCCUGGAAAAAUGUCACAUUCGCGCUGGAUAACAACUGCUAACCGUAUUCUUAGAUUAUAUGUUGCUGUUCAAAAUCCGUCAACGGCAUUAAAAGUGUUAGGAAGAAAUGCUUAUUUUGCUCACCCGGAAAAUAUUCUGUUAUCGAUGUUGGCUGAUGAACAAAAGCACAUAAGGGAAUUAGCUUUAAGGCGGAUAUUAAAAUGCAGAGCUAAUGAUGCCACUCUAAAUACUGUUCGAGUCUUCAAAGUUCCAAAGCUAAACUUUGAUGCGAUCAACUAUUACGACAUGAUCGAUUGGCAUGCAACCGAGAUCACAGAGCCACCCCUUACAAAAGAUAUCACAACUGAAGCUUUAGAACAGAUGAUAAUGGAUAUUCCUAAUAACAUUGAAUUUUUGAAGUUGCCUUGCCAUACUCAGGCAGUAGAAAGAAUGAUAAAAUUAGUUACAGAAGCGUCACUUUCAGUUUGUGGAGAAAAAGCAAGAGAUGGCUUUAUUCGUACUAAACUUGCAUCUCAAAAUGAUAUACCAAAAUUUGAAACUAAAAAACACUUCAUUAUUUAA